AUUGCUCCAAAAUGCAAUAUGCAUGGAAAUAGUCUUAAGCUACGAACGGUUUUAGAAAUAUGCCCGAUACAUCUGCUUGUACGUAUGUUCACGCAUUCGAGUUAUUCGAACUAGCAAGAUAUUUUUGUAAUUAUUAAAAAUUUUCAAAUCAGUUGCUAUUGCGUGUGCGUUGGUUGAUGGAUGUGUCAGUAACGCUGUUUUUCCGUAGAACAUAAAAAAAAUAUGCGAAUAAAAAAUAACUGGAUUUUUGGACUCAUAUACACAUUUAUUAUUUAUGUGAAGGGUUUCGCUCAUAUUGACGAAAAUGAAGGAAUCUCGAUUGGUAUUAUAUCCGAUCACAAUACGGAGCAGUUACGAAAGACUUUUAACUAUGCUAUUACUGUAGCCAAUACCGAUUUGGGGAUACCCUUGAUAGGGUAUAACGAUGAAAUAAAAAUUGGUGAUUCUAUAGAAGGACAUGCUAAACUUUGCAAAUUUAUGCAGACUGGCAUAGGGGCUAUUUUUGGGCCUUCUUCACGACAUACAUCGGCACAUCUCUUAACAGUGUGUGAUGCUAAAGAUGUACCUUAUAUAUAUCCACAUAUGAGUGAGAAUGUUGAGGGAUUCAAUUUAUACCCUAAUCCAAUAGAUUUGGCACGUAUUUUGCACGACAUAAUCAAUUUAUUCGAAUGGACACGUUUUACUUUCCUUUAUGAAUCAUCUGACUAUUUGAGCAUUUUAAAUGGUUUAAUGUCAUUCUACGUCAGUGAUGGACCAGUCAUCAAUGUAUUGCGGUACGAUCUUAAUUUAAAUGGAAAUUUCAAAGCAAUUCUGCGACGAGUACGCAAAUCGGAAGAUGGACAUAUUGUAGUUGUAGGCUCUACACCAUCUGUAGCUGAACUAUUAAGACAGGCACAACAAGUUGGAAUAAUUAACGAUAAAUAUUCCUAUAUUAUUGGUAAUCUCGACUUACAAACUUUUGAUCUGGAAGAGUAUAAAUACAGUGAGGCGAACAUGACCGGAUUUCGAAUGUUUUCUCCAUCUCAUUCCAUCGUUCAUGAUUUAAUAUCCCAAUUGGAUUACAAUGAAGAUUAUAAUAACCGAAUAGUCAAUGGUUCGUGUCCAAUAACUCUGGAAAUGGCAUUAACUUAUGAUGCCGUGCAAGUUUUUGCCGCAUCUACAAAAAAUUUAGUAUAUCGUCCACAAGCCUUAAACUGUUCCGAACAAAGCAACCAAGUGCAAACUGAUGGAUCAACAUUUAAGAACUAUAUGCGUUCGAUUAACAUGCAAGAAAAAACCAUAACUGGGCCUAUAUACUUCGAUGGAAACAUACGAAAAGGUUAUAUGCUAGAUAUUGUAGAGCUGCAGACUAGUGGACUUGUGAAGAUCGGCACUUGGGACGAACGUAACAACUUGACAAUUCAACGUUCACCUCAAUCAGAAUUAUGGAGUGAGGUUGAUGCCAAUUCUUUGGUGAACAGAACAUUUCGUGUUCUUAUUUCAGUGCCAAACAAACCUUACGCCAGUUUAGUAGAGAGUCAUAAGAAAUUGGUUGGAAACAACCAAUAUGAAGGAUAUAGCAUAGACCUAAUAAAGGAGUUAGCGGCAAAAUUAGGUUUCAAUUAUACAUUUAUAGAUGGGGGCAGUAAUUAUGGCAGCUUUAAUAAAACGACAAAUAAGACAACAGGAAUGAUGAAAGAGUUAAAUGAAGGUAGAGCAGAUUUGGCAAUUACCGAUUUGACGAUUACAUCGGAACGCGAAGAAAUAAUUGAUUUCUCUAUUCCAUUCAUGAAUUUAGGCAUUGCGAUUUUGUUCACUCAACCACAAAAAUCGCCCGCUAACAAUUUUUCAUUCAUGGAUCCUUUCUCUAGACAAGUUUGGAUUUAUUUGGGCUUUGUCUAUAUUGGUGUAUCGUUUUGUUUUUUCAUAUUGGGGCGAUUAUCUCCAACUGAAUGGGAUAAUCCAUAUCCAUGUAUUGAAGAACCCGAAGAACUGGAGAACCAAUUUACAUUAAAUAACUCCUUUUGGUUUACAACAGGGGCAUUUUUACAGCAAGGCUCUGAGAUAGCACCAAAGUCUCUUUCUACCCGCACUCUUGCAUCUAUUUGGUGGUUCUUUACCCUGAUAAUACUAUCUUCAUACACUGCCAAUUUGGCAGCUUUUUUAACUAUCGAGAAACCUGUUGGACUUAUAAAUAAUGUCAAUGACUUAGCUAGUAAUACAGCGGUAAAAUAUGGUGCUAAAAAAACUGGUUCCACGCGAAGUUUCUUUUCAACCUCCGAGCAUGAAACUUAUAAGAAGAUGAAUGAUUUCAUGGUCAAAAACCCGGAUUUACUUUUCGAGACAAACCUUGAAGGAGUAAAUCGCGUGAAAUCCGAUAACAAUUAUGCUUUCUUAAUGGAGUCCACAUCAAUUGAGUACCACAUUGUGCGCGAAUGUAAAUUAAUGAAGGUUGGCGAGCCACUCGAUGAGAAGGGAUAUGGCAUCGCAAUGGUAAAAAAUUGGCCAUACCGCGACAAAUUCAACAACGCGUUGUUGGAACUUCAGGAACAAGGCGUUUUGGCGCGACUCAAAAAUAAAUGGUGGAACGAAGUUGGUGCUGGUGUUUGUAAAAAAAAAUCUGACAGCAGCCAAGUCGAUCCCUUAGAUUUAAAGAAUUUGGGUGGUGUGUAUCUAGUGCUUGGGGUCGGCAGCGGAUUAUCUCUUAUAUAUGGUUUAAUUAUGUGGUGCAUAUAUGUGGCAAGGAAAUCCAACUAUUAUGAGGUGCCGUUUGGUGCAGCAUUUUUGGAAGAACUACGUAUUGCAAUUGACGUUACGAAUAACGAACGCAUACUAAAGAGCGCACAAUCCGUAUAUUCGCGAAGUCGAAAUUCACUUCUUUCAAUCGAUUCAAUAGACACAGAUUCGGAAAUUGAAAAUAGUUCAAAAACUGAUGGAGAAUCGGAGAAAACUAUUUGAGGUUUUAAAUUGUCAUAAAACCUCUCCGCUUUUCCCAAUUCGUGUUAACUUCUAAAAAUCAUUCUUGUAAUUUAAGCAAUUUUAACAUUGUCCUGCAAUGAUUAUUUUAUUAAAUAGCUAGGUCAAAAUAUCAUAUGAAGAAUAAAGACCGAGUCUUAACCGAGAAAGUGCCACAAAAGAAAAAAUCUCAAUCGCUCUUUUCAAGAGAGCCUCUACGGACAAUGGUGACUCUAGCUACUCACGCUAUCUGGUACAAAAAAAAAAACGGGAUCUUACAGUGCCGUAGCGUUUAUUGGGAAAAAUGUUGUAAUUAAAGAAGAUUCAUUGUUUUGUUGGAGAUGGCGCUUAUUAAAUAUAGUUUGCUCCAAUCUCCCCCGUUGUCUUUAUAGCUAACAUCGUUAAUGGCAACUUGCAACUAAAUUUUCUGCAUAUAUGAAUAAAAUUUUCAGCUUUAUUUAUUGCUUACCUUGUCCGUAGCAGUUGAUAAGGUCAGACGUGUCUUUACGAGCUAGGCGAGUUUCAUUUCUUAAAAGCUCACUUGACCAAAAUAAUUACUGUAACGAUGCCUCAGCAAUAAAUAAAGAUAACCAUAAA